AUGAUUUUAAUUAUAUAUGAUGAAUAUCCAUUCUUUAUUGAAAAAGUGGUGAGCAAAGACGUAUUACAUGGUGUAUUUCCAAAUACAUUAACCGAUAUACAAAAGAACUAUAUCAAAACAAUAUUUAGUGAAAUUAUGUUUAUAAAUGAUUAUCAAAAAAAUAUUAGAGAAACUCUCUAUGAUUUAUUUGAAAAAUAUAAAUAUACAAAAUUAAUUGCUCCAAGAGAAACUGAUUUAUUAUUAGCUGGAGAAUUAAGAGAUAAAUAUGAAAUUAACGGGCAAACUUUAUUUAGUGCUAUGUGUUUUCGUGAUAAAGUUUUAAUGAAAACUAUAUUACAAAAAUCGAAUAUACGAGUUCCAAAAUUUAAAUUAAUUCAAAAUCAAAAAGAUAUAGAUGAUUAUCUUAUCGAAACUAAUCAUAUUUAUCCUGUUGUUAUCAAACCAACAUCAAUGUCUGGUUCACGAGAUGUAACAAUAAUAAAAUCAUAUAAUGAAAUUCAUGAAUGGUUAAAUAAAUAUGAUUUUAAUAGUAACACUUGGCAAAUUGAAGAAUAUAUUUCAGGAGAUUUUUAUCAUAUUGAUGGAUUAAUUCAAGAUGGAAAUGUUAUUUCAAUAUGGCCAUCGAAAUAUGUUAGACCUUGUGCUGAAAUAUCCUAUGAAAAAUUAGAUUGUUCUUAUAUUAUACCACAUGAUCAUUUUUUACUACAACCAUUAUGUUUAUUUACUAAAAAUGUUCUACAUGAAUUACAAUUAUAUUCACAAUAUAAAUUAAAUUCAGCUUUUCAUAUGGAACUUUUUUAUAGUAAUAAUAAUAAUAAUAAUGAAAUUGUAUUUUGUGAAGUAGCAAGUAGAGUGGGAGGUUGUAGAAUACAUGAAAAUUGGAGUAGAGCAUUUGAUAUAGAUUUAUAUGAACAACAUAUUGAUAUGUCAUUCGAUUAUAAAAUUCAUAUUGAACAACCAAUCAAACCAAAAUUAUUAAUAGGUACAUUACGAAUUCCAUCAAAACGUGGAACUAUUAUUAAAAUACCAAGUGUAGUCAAUAGUGAUAUUAAGGGUAUAGAUGGAUAUAUAUGUCAUAGACCUGUUGGUUCUAUUGUUGAUUUGAAAACAGAAGAUGGUUUUUCGGUAAAUCUGAUUUUUAGUUUUAUUACUGGAAAGAAUGAAAAUGAAUUAUUAACAAAUUUAGAAAAUUUUCAAAAAUGGUUUUAUGAUAAUACUUUAAUUUUAUGA